AGAACUUCCCGGUCAUGGCUAACUAUGAUACACUAGUAUGUUAAAUAAACAAAGGAAAUUGGGCCACUGUAAAAUCAAAACGCUUUUCCUAUUGGGCCAAGCCCAAACUCAAACACAACACUCCCAAAAAAAAAAGGACAGCAAUAAGAGAAGACAGAGAAGCAAGAAAAUGGCGGGAGCAGCAGGAAUUCGCCGGAAAAUGCCGCAACGUCCACCUCCACCGCCAUCUGUACUUCCUCCUCGGCCGUCUAACACGCUUCCUCGCCGCCCAUUCUACGUCGAUCGGGAAAAGACUUGCCCUUUGCUGCUUCGGGUUUUCACUAAGGUUGGGAGUCAUCAUAGCAGGGAAGAUUUUGCAGUCAGAGGACAGGAGCCAAAAAAUGAAUUUCAAAUUUAUACUUGGAAGGAUGCUACUCUACGGGAGUUAACUGAUCUGGUAAAGGAGGUUACCCCAGCAGCUAGGAGGAGAGAUGCAAGGUUGUCUUUUGCUUUUGUGUUCCCGGAGAAACAAGGUCAUUUAGUGGUUAGGCUGGUGGGGAAAACAUUUUCAUAUGGUAGCGGGGAGAUGGAUGAUGGAAAAGCAUUGGCUCAACUUGGUUUUCAGAUUGGAGACUACUUGGAUGUGGCAAUUUUCUAGACUGAUCUCCUACAGCAUUAUUAAAUUCGCUAACCUAACUAAUUUGUCAGGACCAUGAUUAUCCGUCGUUAUUCUACUGAUAGAUUUGGGGUGCUUAAAUUCGGUCUUUUGGAAGCUUUACAGCUCCUGUGGUGAUUAACUGUCCUGUUGGAAGAAUAUGUAGAGCACAUUAUCUAGCACAUAAUCUCCAAAGAUACUUGUUUUGCCCCUGUGCAUAUAUUAAGUGAAAUGGGUAAAUACUCGUUCCAGCUAUGCUUAGGUUUAUGAGGAUGGUAACAGUGUUUAAACCUGUACUGUACAUUGUGGCUCGUGUGAUUUAGCAUCAAUUUGAGUUAUGGUGCUCAUUGAGUCGCAAGUUCACAACCUUAUACUGGCCACUGAUACUUGGCUUCUUACCGAAUGGAACUUGAUAACUAGAUAUCUAUUCUAUGGUCUGUAUGGGACAUGCAGCACUUAAUGCUGUUUAUUAGAUUAUUUGACAGGUCAGAGCAAGCUCAUAAAAUUAACAGGUCAGGACUUGGGUAUUUGACGUUCUUAUUGGUUUGAAAUUUGAAGAGCAAAGAUCCAUCUCAUUUGAAGCAUCAACUUAAGUAAGCAACUCUACUUCGCUAAUCAAUAUUCUACUAUAUUGUUAUUUUAACGGGAAAAUGAUAAAUAACUCGGCUUGAAUAAUUCUAUGAAAUUGUUUUUUUUUUAAUAAGUAAUUAAGUCUAUCCACGCGACACUGUCCUCCUGAGAAUGCAGCAGCAUGAAAGUUCAAUGCAUAGUGAGGAACUGAGGAUUGAAUUAGCAUCACUUAUUACAUAUUUGUUGCUUCAAACACAAGAUUUUUUUUUGUUCAGAUUUUUCUAGCAUUUUAGUGGAAGCAAGCAUAUUUACUUUUCUUUCAAAGGAAGGUGAAGUACAGGGGAAUCAGAAUUGGAUAUCAACUUUUUGAGUGUUGCCCCCUCCCCCCCUAAAAAAAUACCAAUUCUGGGUAGGAAAACAAUAAUCGUUGUGUGGUAUCUUUAUGUAGUAUUAACAUGUUGGUACAUGUUUGUGGUAGUGUCUUUUGGUCAUACGACCACUUCUUAAAUAUUAGAUGGUUAUGGUGGUCGGAUUAAGAUUCACAUAUCCAGGGAUUCCUCUCUUGAUCCUUGCUUUAUCACAUCAAUAUCUAUGAUAUCUUAUCUGGAGAGGAUAAUUGACAAGAAGGAAAAACAAUAGCUAAGUUUAUUCCCAAAUUUGUUUAUUCGCGAUCUAGUAUAAUCUCUAAGUGUGUAGGAUAUAUACUAAUCUCAUUGCAUAAUAUGAUACGAAUUCAAUAAUAGUAAAGAAUCCGAUGCAAAGAAGUCAUAAACUAGAAGGGAUGCCACUAUAAAUACCAUGUAGAGCUCAGCCUAUUUCUUUGCACAAUUCAAUUGAUCAUUCAUUCACAGAAAUAUUGCAAGUAUGAAUGGUUGGGGUGGUCAUAACUAUGCCCAUGAAUCGAGAGAUCCUAAGUGGCAGCCGUAUGAUAUACAAGAAGCACUCGAAUCAAAGCUUUCCUAAACAUGGUGACGAUGGUGGUGGUCAUGGAUCAGGGAACCCUUAUCAUGGUCAUCAUACUAUGUAUGGUGAUGACGGCGCUUAUGGUUAUGGCCAUCAUGAUCACCAUGCUAUGUAUGGUGGUUACGGUGGUGGUUAUGGUUAUUACGACCAAGGAUACUACCAUUAAAGGGCAUGCUCUUAAAGCUUAAACUAUCUGUCUAUAUAUAGUGGUUGUAGACUUGUAGUAUAAGGUAUAACUAAUUAACUUGUAAUAGUAUUAGUAUUAUUGCUAUGAAAUAAAGGGAUGAGUACUUCGUAUA